UUUCUUUCUCAACUUGCACAGCUCUGGCGACAUCGGCCAAUGUCCAGCACUGAGUUCCAGAUGGAGUUCCGCCUAACCCGAAAAGUGCCGAUUCAGAGUUUGCCGGUGGAUGGUUUGCGGGGUUUUGCUGCCUUCCACAUCAUUCUGGGUCACCUGUUCAUGUGGAGCGAGACACACCCACGGUAUGCGACACCGGAGAACGCACCGGCACCCACCGCUGGGCUUUGCAGUUGGGAGAUUUUUGCCGGCUUUCCAUUGAUGGGAGGUGGAUCUAUGGGGCUUUUCUAUAUCAUCUCAGGCUUUGUCAUGGCCAUCGGUUAUUGUCAAGUGAUGUUGGAACCGGGCUUUGCCUGUCGUUGCCUUGGCGCCGGUUAUUGCUGUUGCCCGGAGCAAGGGCACUUCCGCCCCUUGGCUCGACUCAGCGCCUGGCUCUUUUGGUGCAAGCGCCUCAUGCGCUUGGUGCCGAUGACUAUUUGACCAACAUCAUUGGAAUCGUGAUGCGCCAAGUAUAUGCAGAGGAUGUCUUUGGAGACAUGCCGCACUAUUCAUAUGAAGUCACUUGGGUCGAUUAUGUCCUCACCUUCCUGGGCCUGACCUCGUGGUCGCUGCGCUUGCCCUUGGGCAAUGAGCUCACCUGGACGAUCUCCACGAUGUGUUUCUUCUACCUAUGUUUCCCGGCCUUGGCUCCUAGACUUCAGCGACUACAGCCUAGGACUUUGCCCAAGCUUGCAUGGACCAUGUACCUUUUGCAGAUCUUUCUCAUGAUGGGAGCCUUCGCUUUGGCGUUCUCUCAAGGCAUGGGUCUUUUUGGCUCUUACUGGCUGCGCAUGACUCCACCCUUGCGCCUACCUGUCUUCGUCAUGGGUCUUUGUGCUGGGCUCAUCCGAAUUCAACGCCAACAAGCUGCUAUGAAGGACAGCGAUUUGGAUUUAACACCCAUCUCGCGCUCUGAGCGGCCAGAAGUGCUGGAUGGUGCUUGCUGUGAAGAGCCUUGCAUCGGCCCCUGGAGCCUUUUUGGAAUUUGGUUUCUUUUCACUGGGCUUUCAGUGGCUGCAGCUGUCCAAUGCGGCAUUCUGGUGGGAUUGAGAGCCGUGUUGGAGGUAUUUUUUCCUAUCCUCUUUUAUUAUUGGGUUUUGGCGAUCACCAGCCCUUUGCAUCAGAGCUCAUCCUUGGUGGCCUUCUUCAACUCACGCAUCAUGCAGUUUCUUGGAAACAUUUCGAUGAGUGCUUACAUGAUUCACAUGCUCCUGAUGGAGUUCCAGGGCUACCUGAUCGGCACACGCAUCAACUCACAUCCGUGGUGGGUGGUGCUGACGAUGCUUCCGAUGACACUGGUCCUGAGGUGGUUUCUGACAGAGUUCUUUGAGAAACCCAUCUCCCGACGCCUCCGCAGAUGCCUGGAUCGCUGUGGCACAGGUGUCGCAGUGGAGACACCGGCGGCCAAAACACAGGAGGUGACGGCCACACGCAUAGGGAAUACCAUGUAGUUUAGGCUUGGCUGGCCGCGUAGACUUAGAC